AGUUGCUGCUGCGCGAAUUGUCCUGCAGUGCUUUCCGUAGAGCAGUGUGGAGGGGAGACCGUGCAGAUUCCAGUUAACCAUGGCGGAGUUUACAACGUUAGAAAGCCUGCUGGAGAUGGGCUUCGACAGAAACAGAGCGGAGAAGGCUGUAGCACAUACUGGCAACCAGGGCAUUGAGAGAGCUAUGGACUGGCUAAUGGAACACGAGAAUGAUCCAGACAUAGACGAGCCCUACGUCCCACCAGCAGGGAAUGUUCUAGGCUCACCAGAGCAAGAGAGCCCAUCCCAGCCUGCAACAGAACCUAUUAUCUCUCCUGAUGGGGAGAUACUAGAGGGAGAUUCUAAGCGACCAAUGACUGAGGAGGAGAAGAAGGAGCAGGUUAAGAGGCUUGAAGAGUUGAUGAGGGUGAAACAGGAGGAGAGAAGAGAGAGGGAGCGACAGGACGAGGUGGACAGGGAAAAGCAGAGAAGGAAGCAAGGCCAGGAGCUGCAGCAGGUCCGACAGAAGCUUCAGGAGGAUGAAAUGAAGAAGCUGGCUGAUGAUCGGAGGAGAGAGAAAAUGGAGGACAAAAUGGCUAAGCAGAGGGUCAAAGAGAAGAUUGCACGUGACCGGGAAGAACGAGCACGAAAGUUUGGAGGGAGCUCUUCUAGUACAUCACUGUCAUCUCCCACUUCUGACACCACUCCCCAGUCUCCACCUGAGAGCCAGGGUCCUCCUCCAGCCAAGAAAGACUAUGAUGAAUGUCGGAUACAGGUGAGGCUCCUGGACGGUUCUGCACUGACGACAGUUUUUAAAGCCCAGGAGCCUCUGGCAGCAGUCAGGGUGUACGUGCAGAUGAACAGCUCUGAGAGCCAAGACUUUACCCUACUCUCUCCUUACCCACGCCGCGUCUAUACAGACCUCGACAUGGAGAAACCUCUGAGUGAGCUAGGUUUGGUGCCUUCUGCUGUCCUAGUGGUUGCAAAGAAGUAAAGGACGGCUAGUUAUCCAUGUUCUUCCACCAACAGGCCAAAAUGGAUUAUUCACUGGACUGAUUUAAUUUUCUACACUAUGUAAUUUGAACCUGAAGUCAUCAAACCAUGAUGAGUACCACUGAAAUAAAACCAUAACAACGGAAAUGUUAACAAAUUACAUGAACCUUAAAGAGAUCACAAUGCAGCAUACUGUAGUUUCUUUCUUUUUUAAUACAUUUGGAAUAAACUUAUUUCUUUGGUCAAUGUCCAUAAAUAAAAAGCUCUAAAUCAUAUUUGGUAAACACCAAAUAAACAGUCAUGUAUAAACAUCUCAUUUAUAAUCAGAUCUUUAUUCACAAAAAGGAAAUCUGAAAACAAAUUAUUCAAGUAAAAAUAUUUGCUAGAAGUUUAUAAAAUACACCUGGAAGUUGUAAGCUGGUAUAUAUAAAUGGAUGGCACGUCCAGUAGAGAGAAAAGCCACAAUGGUAAAUUCAAAUGUUGGAAAGAUGAUGCUGAAAAUGUUUUUCAGUAAUAAAUUAGCAGAUUUAGGAUAAUCCACAGCUAUUCCAUAUCUGAAACCAGUUGCAGAAGUUAAUUAAAUGCUUUCUUAAAAACUUCUGCAUAACCUGUGAAAUAAAUUACGGGUGUAACGGAACAAUGUUCACACCAGUCACAGUACAGGGUCUUGAUUCGGUAUGCUAUUUGUGUAAAUACUGUAAUUUCACAAAUGUGCAUGCCACCCCGAAACCUUAAGCUGUAAAUCGUAAUAUUUGCAUGGUAUUGUGGGAAAUGUCAUACUAUUUUGUUUUAUCUCUUUUUAUUCUUUAUCUCUCACUGUUAUGUUUUAAAUAAAUUAAUUUACGCAA